CCACCCCGAGAUGGGGCGGGUCCUACGGGCCGGGACGAGGGUGUGGCAGCCGCAGUAGACUCACAGCCGGUCUCCGCGAAAGAGGAGCUUCUGCGGGGGUGACUGAACUCUGAAACUGAUUUGCAGCCAUGGCAACCAAAGGAGGAACCGUGAAAGCUGCUUCAGGAUUCAAUGCAGUUGAAGAUGCCCAGGCCCUGAGGAAGGCCAUGAAAGGACUUGGUACUGAUGAAGAUGCCAUUAUCGGAGUCCUGGCCUACCGAAACACUGCCCAGCGCCAGGAAAUCAGGACUGCCUACAAGAGCAACAUCGGCAGGGACCUGCUCGAUGACUUGAAGUCGGAGCUGAGCAGCAACUUUGAGCAGGUGAUCCUGGGGCUGAUGACGCCCACGGUGCUCUAUGACGUGCAGGAGCUGCGGAGGGCCAUGAAGGGAGCUGGCACAGAUGAAGGCUGCCUGAUUGAGAUCCUGGCCUCUCGUACCCCUGAGGAGAUCCGUCGCAUCAAUCAGACAUACCAGCAGCAAUACGGAAGGAGCCUUGAAGACGACAUCUGCUCUGACACAUCCUUCAUGUUCCAGCGAGUCCUGGUGUCCCUGUCCGCGGGUGGCAGGGAUGAGGGGAAUUACCUGGACGAUGCGCUUGUGAAACAGGACGCUCAGGAACUGUAUGAGGCUGGAGAGAAGAGAUGGGGGACAGACGAGGUGAAAUUCCUCAGCAUCCUCUGCUCCCGGAACCGGAACCAUCUGCUGCAUGUGUUCGAUGAGUACAAAAGGAUCUCCCAGAAGGACAUUGAACAGAGUAUUAGAUCUGAAACAUCCGGAAGCUUUGAAGACGCCCUGCUGGCUAUAGUGAAGUGCAUGAGGAACAAGCCUGCAUAUUUUGCUGAACGGCUUUAUAAAUCCAUGAAGGGCUUAGGUACUGACGACAGCACCCUCAUCAGAGUGAUGGUUUCUCGAGCAGAGAUUGACAUGCUGGACAUCCGGGCAAACUUCAAGAGGCUCUAUGGGAAGUCCCUGUACUCUUUCAUCAAGGGCGACACUUCCGGAGACUACAGGAAGGUUCUGCUCAUUCUCUGUGGAGGAGAUGAUUAAAACAAGACACAGGACAGAAGGCUUCUUAACACUGAUUUUUUUAACUUCAUUUUUCUGCCCUGCUAUUAACAUGAUCUCAAAUGCUUAUUUCCAAUUAAAACGCCUCCAGUUGCCUCCUGGGAUCCAGACUGUGUUAUUAUUAUCUCUAAUUAGUCAUUUUGAUGCUGUCAGCUUGUACUUUCAAAGCUUUUAAGACCUAAAUGGAGAUUGAGAAUUAGAAAUUUUUUUUUUUUUUGUUUUGAGAAUUAGAAAUUUUAAUGUGCCCCCAUGUCUUUAGCAGAUUAUUUCCCCAUCUGUGUUUUGCAGAGAUCAAAUCACUAAAUCCUUUUGGAUUUUCUUUUCAGUAAGAAUUUAACAGGACAGAAGCAGUUUUCUUCCCCGGGGCAUUUCUCUAUGUAGCCUUGGCUGUCCUAGACCCACUUUGUAGACCAUGCUGGCCUCAAACUCAGAGAUCCUCCUGCCGCUGCCUCCCCGAGUGCUGGGAUUAAAGAUGGGUACCGCCACGCCAGACAAGGCCCCUCCCCUUUUGGCUUUGCCUAUCACGUUAGUUGAUAGUUGCUGAGUUUGGUGGAGCAAGCUUUGUCUCCUCCUGCCCUGGUACCACUUCCUCCACACAAAGCAUAGCAAAGUCAUCAGCUCAUCAAACAAGAUCAAUUUCAAGUGUGGCUAAACAGAUCCCUCCUGUUUAGUUAUCACUUUGUGCGAAUGAACAUUCCAUAGUGUUGAGGUUACCGUCUUAAUCUUGCUCAAAACCUGAGGACAAGCGUGAGAGGCUCAGCUGAGGUAGUUUGGUGCUGGGUGUUCUGGGUUGUGGCUGACCUCUCUCUGCUAAAAAUAAUCUCUUUAGACUGUUUAUUUGAUUCCCACUGUGCUGUUUUGAUCUUAAUCAGAAACUGUGUUUGCAUAUAAUCAUGAAGUUUGGUUUGUAUACAACAUGAGAAAUUUUUAAUUAAAAAUAGUAACUUUAAA